AUGGACAAUGUCCAGCCAAAGUCUAUAUUGACCGACGAGGACCCAGCUAUAAUGAGAGCAAUUAGACAUGUUUUCCCAUCUUCUGUACAUCGUCUCUGUGGUUGGCAUUUGGAGAAGCAUAGGACCAGUCACAUGGGGCCCUUAUACAAGAAAUACCCCGAACUGAAGAACGCAUAUUAUAGUUGCAUACAUGAUUCAAAAACAAUUACAGAGUUUGAGCAAAAAUGGGACGGAAUGAUUGAGAGAUUCAAUUUGCAAGACCAUAAAUGGUUGAGGAGACAGUUCAAACGAAGGAAGCAUUGGGUUCCAUGUUACUUUCCUGACAUAUUUUUUGCUGGUAUGAGCACAACCCAGAGAGGUGAGUCAAUGAACAAGUACUUCAAAGUCUUCUUCAGUCCAUCUACUCUAAUUUGUGAAUUUAUUGCACAAUAUGAUGAGGCUGUUAAGAAAAGAAGAGAAAAGGAAGCGAACGUAGACAUCAAAUGCAUGACCUCCUUACCAUGUUUGCAUACAGAGCAUAAAAUUGAGAAGCAAGCCAGGCUUGUUUAUACAGUGAAGGUGUUUGGGGUUUUCUUAAAAGAAUGGUGUGCAUGCUUUGGACUUGUGGCUAAGGUUAUAGAAUUCGAUACCCAUGAGAGAAGGUAUAGGGUAUUUUUAAUGGAUGGUAGUCGAGAAAUUGACUUGAACUAUGUGGUUGACAAUGAAGAUGGUGAAAUUAGCAGUUGUAACUGUAAGAAGUUCGAACUGUUAGGCUUACUGUGUAGGCACAUACUGAAGGUGUAUGUAAUAACGGACAGAUCUGAGAUUCCCCGAACCUACGUUUUGCGUAGAUGGACCAAAGGUGCUAAUAUUAGUGUUGGAGAACAUGGUGGGGGCUCAUCUCAGCAGCAGACCCUGCAGCCUAUGUGGUUACUUCAAGACAUUGCUAACCGGAUAUCCAGUGAAGGAUCCCUUUCCACAGAGAGAUAUGGUUUGACGCAUCAGCUUAUGAGCCAAUGUCAUAAUGAGUUGUUGAAUUUGCAAUCAACCAGUGGGGUUCCCACUACCAAUUUGGGAUCACAACGUUCCACUGUACUUCCAUCAGAUCUGAACACCACCCUCGUCUAUUGUCCAAGGGAGUCCUCUUUAAAUAAAGGGAGACCUAAUAGUAGUCGAUUGAUGUCGGCCCUGGAAAAAUUGAGGAAUAGACGUCCUUACCAUUGCUCAAGUUGUGGAAGUACAGGACAUAACGCGGUUAAUGGAUAUGAAGGUGAUGUGAACAGUCAACCUCACAAUCAACGAAAUCUGCAUAACGAUUUGUAG